AUGAAGGGAGUGGGAAAACCCCAUGAUAUGGAUAACAAUCACAUGUUAUCACUAAUAGAACAGAAAAUGUGUGUGGAAGAUAGAAAGAUUUGGGCUCGUGAAUUGGAAAGGAAUGAAAGGCCAGCAAGCUUACAAGGUCUCAUUGCUUGGAUGGAGACGGAAAUGAAGUCGAGGAUGCGUGCAACUGCUCCACUGAGAAAUCCGAGUCAGGGUUCGAGAUAUGUAAAUCAGCUAUCUGGAGGAAAACCACCAAAGUGUUGGAUCUGCGACAAUUCAACGCACUGGGUAGACCAAUGUGAAAAAUUUAAAUCCAUGAGUCCAGAGGACCGUUUGAAAACAGUAAGAGAAAACCACGCUUGUUUCAGUUGUCUUAAGAAGGCCGGACGUGACCACACACCACAGAGCAUCAAACUGUAG